AUGUCAUCGCCAUCACAGAAAGUCAGUAUUGCUCAUGCUGUUCAAGGUAUCAAUACCGCUUUUCAGCUCUUUACAAGUGAUGAUGUAGAAAAGCAAGUUUUUAACGAAGAAGCCGGUCCGCUUGGAAUGGCCGUCGCGAUGCUUGGAUACCCAGGGCAAUUCGGUCUGGUCCGAGCUGCACUAAAAUUAAUCGUUGGUCUGGAAAGAGCACACAAAAGUGGCCUAGAUGUAUCCAAAAUCAAACACCUUACAGCUGAUCCCAUCGAAAAGAUAAGCUACGGAGGUCCCAAACCGUUAGGAAUCAAUCCAAGGCCUGAUCAACCUCUUCUCAAGCAUUUCCUCAAUACAUAUGAAGGUAAGGUGUGGUAUUAUUUUGGCUGCAGGCCCGACAACGAUCAGGAAAAAAAAAAUCGAGUGGUAACUGGGGUCACUUUAGCAUGUUUCAUCCUAUGUGCUUCAGCAACGGGUGCGUCGUCAGUGUCACUCUGCCUUCACAAGGGUCCUACAUAUUGGAUUUUGGUCAUGUUAAACCCAGUUGGAUUAGUUGGUGUUGCAGUGACAUUCAUUCGACUCCGUGCAUGCAUUCGACCAGCAACAAUUCAUGAGCAGGGUAGUCCCCUAAAUUUUUCCAAGCUCCCGCAUUCCGUAAUUUUGGAUAAUGGCCGCAUCGGUAUCAUUGAUGAACGUGCUAUAGAUGUAUAUCCUUCAAGCUACCGUAUCUAUAAAUUUGCCCUUGGAGUAAGCUUAAUAUGCCUUCUGACCGGGUUGGUCGUCGCUUUUAGCUUACUCCAAGAUAAUGAUGGACACGCAAUUAUUUGGGGAGGAUGCCAGCUAAUCUUGACGAUCGUGCGCUAUCUUACUUGGCUUUUUGAACCACUACAAUACUUGCAGAGACAAUCCACCGAAAUGGGAAUCGAAGCUGAUUCAGUUGCAGGAGAUAUGUCUGAUCUUAAAGAUGCAGCUACGACUCGAAUCGUGUUCCUGAUCGCUCGCGCACGACUUUACAACUCUAAUGAGCGUCAUGACCCUUAUUCUGAGGAGUUUAUCUGGCAGGCACUAUCGACUAUACGUCCUACAGAAGAUGGAUCUUGGUGGUGGAGAAAGGCUCCCACUAACACAGACGUAAUACAAUCUUAUAAAACGAGUGAGGCUGUCGACCUACAAAUCAAUGGAGAGAGAGCACAAAGGAAAAAAAGUGCUGUACACCAGACGCCAUUUUGUUCUGGUAAGAAUAAAGGAACACAAAUCAUACUACUUCCCAUGCCAAUCAUUCAUGCUAUGUGUGAUGUUUUCGGAGUAUCUCCACACUCCUGUGGUUUACCAAGUCUUGGUUCUGUCACUUCUUUUGAACCGGAUGUACAACUUUGUGUAAUUACUCAACAUGGUACAACGUCUUUCCUUUUCUGUGUCUUCGAUGACUAUGGCAGAAAUGGCACAAUACUCAGUGACGAGGAACAUCAUAUUUUAGACGGAUGCUUUUUCCACAAGGGAAUUCUUGUAGUAAAUGCGAUGGCUUUAGUAGUUCAUCAAUCUAUGAGGCCUGGUAAAGUGGAGCGACGCUAUGAAACCGAUUUCAAACCUUUCGAAGAGAUGCUCAGGUUGAUCAAAGAGAAGGGAGAAAAAGAAAAAAUAAUCACUUCAAGGGCCGACUUACCGCUCACGGUAAAUACAAUAACAAAAGAUUUAUAUUUAUUAUUUGGCAAUCAGCUGUCUAAUUCAGAUUCGCUCCUCACAAAUUUGCGCCUUAUGAAAUUUCGUGAUUUCGCUUUUCGUUCGAAGUGGUGGCCGUCAUUUUUACGUCCGCAAUAUUUCUACCAUCUAAUCGUUUUCUUCGAAAAGGCUGAUAGCGUAACGGGUCAACUUGAUACCAUGCACGGGCACGAGUUUUGGUUUUGGGACGGCCUUCGUAUUACCGGUGAAAUAAUUUUGAAACCCAAAGAAAUCGCAAGACGACUAGAAGAAAUGAGCAGUAAAGAGGAGGCAGCAUCGUAUCACACAGCAGCGACUUGA